UAUCUUUACUAAGUGAUAUGACGCAUGCGCAUUGAUUUCUAACUGUGCCGUCGAUAACGUUUUGCGGGUUUGCAACUGCGACUAAAAAACUUGUUUAAUUUAUCAAUUUUUCUUUGUUUAAUGCACAUCAGUCAUGCUACGUACAGGGCUCUGCAGACUUCAACAGUUUGUUAAAUUUGCAUCUGGAACUUCUCAGAGAUUACAAUUUGGAUGUCGUACAUUUAAAACAGGUGGUCCUGCACUGCUGGCGGCCAAAAUACAACAAGCUGCACCAGACUUCAAAGGGACUGCUGUUGUCAAUGGAGAAUUCAAAGACCUUAAGUUGGCAGAUUACAAAGGAAAAUAUUUGGUGCUCUUCUUUUAUCCACUAGAUUUUACAUUUGUAUGCCCAACCGAGAUCAUUGCAUUUAGUGAUAAUAUAGAAAAAUUCAAAGAGAUCAAUGCAGAAGUUGUUGGUGUUUCAAUUGAUUCCCAUUUCAGUCACCUUGCUUGGAUCAACACUCCUAGAAAGGAAGGUGGCCUUGGUCAACUAAAGUAUCCUCUUUUAUCUGACUUAAGCAAACAAAUUGCAUCAGAUUAUGGUGUCUUACUUGAAAAUCCGGGUAUUGCUCUUCGAGGUCUGUUUAUUAUUGACCCUAAUGGUAUUCUUCGUCAAAUCACCAUUAAUGAUCUCCCAGUGGGCCGAUCAGUUGAUGAAACCAUACGAUUGAUCAAAGCAUUUCAAUUUGUUGAGAAACAUGGAGAAGUUUGUCCUGCUAAUUGGCAACCUGACAGCAAAACCAUAAAACCCACAGUAGACGGUUCCAAAGAAUAUUUUGAACAAGUUAAUUAAACAAGAAAUUUCUUCGGGUUGUUUUCCCUGUAUCUUCAGCCAUAAAGACAAGUCCAACAUGAAAAACAAAAACU